UGCGGUAACUUUUUCUUUACGUCGCCAGCAACCCCCGAUAGGGCAGCACAAAACAGUGACCGGGGCAUCUCGCCAAAGCGAUGGGUUUCUAGGUGCAAACGCACCCCAUCCAUCGAGCUGCUCGAGUUCUGUUGCCUGAACGCAACGUAAAAUGCUCCCAGUGUUGUGCCGCCCAGUGUAAUGCAUAAAUUCCUCGCAAACGGGCGGCUAUGGUGCGACCUCGUGCGUCAAGCCGGACCGAAAGCCACCAGCGGUCACCGCCGUCCACCGUUCGCCUUCUGCACUCGGCUGGACACCACUGGCACAGCGUACCCUUCGUGUGCGGUCGUACAGCUGUACCCGAUCCGGAAGCAGCACAGCGGAAGUAAUGAAGGCGAUGCGGCAAAAACGGCUCCCCUCCAUCGACCGGUGGCCGUUCCGUUGGCCGUCCCGCUGUCCGUGGUACCGCCGGUAGUGGACGCUAAAGCCAUAGUUAGUGAAAUCAGUAAAUCGGUCGGAACGCUGCGCAAGAGCGGUGAGGAUGGCACGAAGGAAGUGGUUGCCUCCGUGACGUCGCUACCCGGGCUCAGUCGGUUGAUUUACCAUUAUCUUAUGUUAUCAAAGAUCCGAUUGACGUCCCUGGUGGUGAUGACCGCGAUGGCCGGAUAUGCGAUGGCACCGGGUUCGUUCGAGCUGGGGACGUUUCUGCUCUGCUCGGCCGGCACGACGCUCGUCUCGGGUGCGGCCAACUCCAUCAACCAGGUCAUUGAAACGUCGUUCGACGCACAAAUGCCCCGCACGCGCAACCGAGUGCUCGUAAAAGGACAUCUCUCACGCCUGCACGCGGUCGGCUUUGCGCUCGGUGCCAGCACGAUCGGCUGCAGCAUGCUGUACUACGGCGUGAACGAAAUGACGGCCGCCCUGGGCGCCGCCAAUCUCAUCCUUUACACCAGCAUCUACACCCCAAUGAAACGCUACAGUAUUCUGAACACGUGGGUCGGCUCGGUCGUCGGCGCCAUUCCGCCGCUGAUGGGCUGGGCUGCCUGCACCGGCGGCGACCUGGGCGCCGGCGCAUGGAUCCUGGCCGGGCUGCUCUAUUGCUGGCAGUUUCCUCACUUUAACGCGCUGUCGUGGAACAUCCGGCCGGAGUAUCUUAAGGCCGGCUACAAAAUGAUGGCCAACUCACACCCGGCCCUGUGUACGCGCGUUUCCCUGCGGCAUACCGGGUUCAUUGCCGGUCUGUCGCUGCUCGCUCCCGCGCUAGAUGUGACGAACGUUUGGUUCGCGCUGGAAUCGCUUCCGCUGAAUGCUUACUUUGCCUAUCUGGCGUACGAUUUCCAUCAGAAGGCGGACAGUAAAAGCUCGCGCAAGCUGUUCCGCUUCUCGCUGCUCCAUCUGCCCCUGCUGAUGGCACUGUUUCUGCUGAACAAAAAGCACUGGCAGUUUAGGGAGGACAAGAAGAGCGGCGAAACAACGGUCGAGCUGCAGGGUGGUGGUGCCAUCACUGCUACGGGUGUGUUUGUGAGUGGCGGCGAGCGGCCGGGGGAGCAGGGCAGCGGCGAAUACCUUGUACCAAAUAUUGUGGCCGAAAUUGGGGCACAGACACCGUCCCCCGGCAGUAUCAAGGCGAUCGAGGAGAGUUUGCUAUCGAACGUGGCCACCGUGCUACCGACGGCGGGUAAACAGAAGCUUUGAGAGGGCUCUUGUUUGUGUGGGUGUGUCCGCGUAUUUCCGGUGCUGCAAGGAUUUAUUUGUACAAAGGAGAGAUAGAUUUACGAAGUGAUAUAGAAGUCAAUGAUAAAUAAAAUGGCCCCGAGAAAUUAACUGUUAA